AUGGAGUCUGCUCGGACCAUAUUUGAGCUGAAAUCUGCCUUUAUCUGGAAUCAAGUACGCAUCUUCUCCGAAAGUCUCGGUUUACCCGAAGACUGGCGAAAUUAUGCUACCGAGACCGAAGAGGGAGAUCUGAACGACAAGGUCAUUGAAGAUGUCCUACACAAAGUCAAUGCCGCCGCGAAGCAGCACAACCGCAUUGUUUAUUCAUCACAAGCCAUACAUCACGUUGCCCAACAGAUUGCAAGCCUAUACUGGACCUCGGUCAGUCAGGAUGCUCGUAGUCAAAGGUUAUUUGCCCAAGGCAUUGAAAAGACCACAGAUUUGUCAAGGCAAAUGAAUAUCACAGGGCUACCUGUUGAGCUGGAAGGCCAGGGUCCAACUGAAGAGCAGAAUACCAGAUACCAGCAGCUCCGUGAGCGCCUGGCUAGCCUGGAUAGUCAGCGUCAGCAACGCCAACGACGCCUCGAUCAAUUGCAGAAUCUUCAACGCCUCCUUGAGCCGUUCAAAGAUCCUCUAAAGGAUAUUCAGCCCAACCUUAUCACCAAGGAUGGUGAGCUUGUUCAAGAAUUAGAGAAAAUGCGGAUGCUGGUUGCAAGGGUGGGAGGUAGGAUUGCACAGCAGAAGCAAAGCAGCGAUAUCCCUGAAACUCACGAUUACUCGCUACCUGGCUUUGAUCAGAGAUUGCAGGCCUUGAUGGACAUGUCUUGA